UCAUCUUGAAGAGGGAGACAUACAUGGGUGAAGGUGGCGGAACAUGAAGGUGGACAUUGGGACGGGAAACACAUGGAGGCCGCGGCUGUCGUAUCAGGUCUAGAAAACUUCAGACUCGUGAAGUUGACGAAAGAGGGGGAACGCGUUCCGUGCUACGGCGCGAAAGACCGGCAGCCACAUUCCCCGAUGGCCAUAUGGCACCCAUCUGGGCACUUCGAGGCCGUGUUCCAGGACGUACCGCAGCCGGCAGCAAAGGAGCCCACCGCCCGGGA